UUAUUCCACUCUAAUCCGUUGCACAGAACACAUUGGGAACGCGGAAAGUGAAAUUGAAAUUGAAAAUUUCAUUACGCAAAUCCGGACACUUAACAAGGUUAAGGAACCUACCGCCACUUGUAGACAUAUUUAAUUAUUUCGCGCCGCAAACUAAUCGUAGGUGUUUUCGGGUGUUUUUGUGUUUUUUGUUAAUCGUACAUAUCGCCGACAAGGUGUCAAAUGAAUGGCUCAACAUUGGUGAAGCGCCAUCGAAGCGAUUCCAUCAUUUCGCGCUUAACGGGGUGUGACUAGUUGAAAGUUUAAUUGCAGUGCUAAAGAGGUGAACGCGCUGAAAACGAGAGUGUCAAGAUACAAUUCGCAAGUUGGUAGCGCCAUCACAAUCAUCAACACUUCAGUGCUGGUCGCGCGAGUCGGGUGUGAUGGAUAUGUUAAAUAUGUAGCGUAUCUUUGUAUGUAUGUACUUAUGUGCAAGUUCGUGUAGUUGUAGUUCAAUAAUAUGCCAGAGAAGUGUUAUUUGAUUGAUCGCAUUGGAUAUACUCGUCUAUAAAGAUUUAUUGCGCGAGUGUUGAGAUCUAUUGCAGAUCGCAUAGAAAUCACAUACAUAUCGACACACAUAUACAUAUGCAUGCCACAUUGUACGUGCGAUGUAUCUUCCUUUUGACUAAAAACAAAACAAAAAAAAAAUUAAUGAAAUUCUUGCAAGUUCAUCAAACGCUUCAUCAAUUUUGCUAUUCUGAGCAAAUAGCCAAGUUGUUGUGUGUUACAUGUCUUGAGAUCGCAAAGCUUUUCAACACCUUCUGAUAUUUCGCCUACCACACAAACAAACACCAAAUGUACAAUACUGUACAACAACAUCAGCAAUGCAAGGAAAUGGCAAUUCCGCUUUCGACAUUUUUAUUGUGUUUUUUAUGUGAAAUGAUUUACUCUUAAUUUCAUUUCAAAUGCCUCAUUCGCAGCCGCGAAUUGCAAGGAGUAAUCGAAAUUUAGUUAUAAUUUGACAAGUGCGCGAAAAACUAAGUGUGAAAAUAUUUCAAACAAUCCAACUCAAAUGAAAUCAAUGUCAAUAUUAGAUUAAACAAUUGAAUUGCAAUUGAUGAGUUGAAAGUGUAAAGUGAAACGAGAGAUCCACCGUCAAGCGUAAUAACCCGUAAUCUGCUGUUUGUGGCUUACGUCAUACACGUACACACUCACACACGCGCAUCCUGCUUUGUUAUGCAUCAGGCUAUUUACCGACGACCCGUUACAAAUUUCAUGGGACCUACCGAGUGUGCCAGCGCUAUGGUUUCCACAAUGUCUUUUAUGGAUAACGGCGGUUUGAGUACAAACAUUGCGGAUUAUGGCUGCUAUACGACUGAUUAUUGGGCCACCUCGUAUAACGGAGGGCUGAGCCCGAUGAAACAGAUAGAAGCCUGCAUACAAACUGCCGGCAAAGAUCGCACUUCAUAUAAGCCACUCGAACACAUCGACGCCAAGAUGUCAGACAUUGAAACGCAGAGCAAUAAUAGCAGCGGUGGCAACAGCAUUCGAAGCAACACGGGCAGCAGUUGCUCAGAUAGCAGCAACAACAAUAACAAUACAAGUUAUAGUAACAGCAACGACAAUGCCAACAACAGUAUUACAACACAAAAUAAGAAAUAUAAGAGCAACAAGAAGGAUGCAACGACAAAUAGCAACAACAACAAUAGCAGAAAAAGUGAGGAACCGAUACAUCCAACGCUGGCACAGGCAGUCGUUGUGCUGGAAACGAAGGCUUUGUGGGAUAAAUUCCAUGAGCAAGGCACUGAGAUGAUUGUCACCAAGACUGGCCGACGCAUGUUUCCCACAUUUCAGGUGCGCAUCGGUGGGCUGGAUCCGCAGGCGACCUACAUAAUGAUGAUGGACUUUGUGCCAGUCGACGACAAACGCUAUCGCUAUGCAUUCCACAACUCAAGUUGGGUGGUCGCUGGCAAAGCGGAUCCCAUCUCCCCGCCUCGCAUUCACGUGCACCCCGAUUCGCCAGCACCAGGUGCUAAUUGGAUGAAACAAAUCAUUUCGUUUGACAAACUUAAACUGACCAAUAAUCAACUGGAUGAAAAUGGACAUAUAAUCUUAAACUCCAUGCAUCGAUACCAGCCUCGCUUUCACAUCGUUUACCUGCCACCGAAAAAUAACUCACUGGAUGAGAAUGAACAUUCGAGCCACUUCCGCACAUUCAUCUUUCCGGAGACAUCCUUCACCGCCGUCACUGCAUACCAAAAUCAACGCGUUACUCAACUUAAAAUUGUCAGUAAUCCUUUUGCCAAAGGCUUCCGUGAUGAUGGGACCAAUGAUGUCAAUGCUGGACCUAUGGGUAUGUCUCAGAUGAGUCACGAAAGUCAGGCUAGAAUGAAGCAGCAUAGUGCGCAACACCAUCACCACCAUCACCACCAACAACAGCAACUUCAGCAGCAGCAAUUAAAAGCCAGCAGCAAAGAUGCGAAUUUAGCAGUGGCUGAAUUGGAAAAUCAUCAGAAUGCAUUGAUCUCCGCACAUGUGAUUCAACCAGUAAGCGUUUCGCCCAGCGCGCCAGCCGCGGCCAACACCGCCACUACAUCACCCGAGCUACUCAACUACCAACAAUGUCUCUCCAAUGGCGUCGGCGUCGGCGGCAGCAGCAGCAACAUCAAUGGUCAUAUGAAUAGUAACGGUUUGAUGCCACCAACUAGUGGUACUCACCAUCAUCAUCACCAUCAACAUCACCAUCUCGGUCAGCACAGCAUCUCACCGAAACUUGAUCAUGCAGCAACAGCCACAGCCAGUACCGCAAACGCCGCUGCUACCAACAGCACCCCCAGUCCAUACACACAUGCCACUCUCACCGCACACAAUGGCGGUGGUAGCACCAACGCUGCCGGCCUCAUAACGCCCCACACUCACGCCCACACUCAUCACUCGCACUUGAAUAUGAAUCUCAGCGCCACCACUGCGAGUCAAAUGAUGCCAACGCCGGUCUCACAGUCACAUGUGCCACACUCUCAGGUGAUGGCCGCCAAUAUUUAUUCCACAAUUGGCCAGCCUUAUGUGAGCGAGAAUAGCAAUUUCGGUGCCAUCUAUCAUCAUCAGCACUACCACAGCGGCUAUGGGAACCCCUAUGAUAAGCUCAAAGUGGCAGGUCACAUGCGUCCGACAUCAGCCACUGCGGCUGGCAGUCCCACAGCGAUGGCUUCAGCGGCGGCUAAUGCUUAUGGUAUUAGCAGCUACCAGUCGUUUUAUGGUUCACCACAUCAGAUGAUGCGCCCCAAUGGCUACAUUGACUUGGUGCCACGGUAAAUGUUUUGAGAAAUUACGAGAGAAGAACCAUAAAAAAUGAAGAACCAGUGAACUAUUGCAAGAAACAAAUAGUCAAUAUUAUUUCAAUUCUAAGUGCAAUUAAAAUGUAAUUUAUUUUUAUUUAAACUCAAUCGAAAGUAUUAGUUUGUUGAAGUCUUGUUUUUAAGUUCAUCACGUAAAUAUUUUC